AUGCCGAUUUCUGUGGCUCUGCUUGCUGCACUCGUAACUUUAGUUGGCUUCAGCCGCAGUGCAAGGACCGAAGAUGAAGUGACAGUUUUUUCGGAGGAAAUUUCGAAAUUGGCGAGAACCGGAGAAUUUUCUCCCCAACUAGAAGCAAUAAUAAAUAGACUAGCGCUUCCCGAAAAUUGGUACGAUGACCCUCGCAUUGCCAUUGACGACGUGCGCCCACGAGCGACUUGCACGACAUGCAAGGCUUUUGCUAAAAGCAUCAUCAAGUUGAGACGCGGGGGAACUUCCACAGAAGCCAUUCAAGCCGCGCUCAUAAAAUCGUGCAUUCGAUUGCAUCUUCACACGGACAUCGUCUGUCGAGGAUCCAUCAAAUUAAAUACGCCAGUCUUCUUCUGGAUCAUUGACAACGAUCCAACGGUCACGGCGGAGGACUACUGCGCGCUCUCCCUGCAGAACUCCCGUUGCGCCCGGGCGCCAGCGAAAUUCGAGUGGACUGUCGAGAUCGAUCGCAAUCCGCCUAAAGUGCUCGAUGCAACGCCGUCGGAUGAACAUUUGAAAAUAGUUCAUGUAUCCGAUAUUCAUUACGAUCCACUCUAUGAACCGAAUGGGAACGCUCGGUGCGGCCAGCCCAAUUGCUGCAGGAGGGGACAGGGACCCUCAACCCCUGGGGUUGCGCCCGCUGGGUACUGGGGGGAUUAUCGCGUGUGCGACACUCCCUGGCAUGCGGUUGUUGAUGCUUUGGAUCAUGUGAACAGUACUCAUUCGGACGCUGAAUAUAUUUACUACACUGGCGACAUCGUCGAUCACGGCGAGUGGGAAACGACACGAGAUGGGAACAAGAAAAUUAUAAAGGAAGUUUUCAAAAAGAUAAAGGAGACCUUUGGAAAAACCCCGGUGUUUCCUAUCAUUGGCAAUCACGAGGCGAAUCCUCUGAAUAUAUUUGCUUCUUCGAAAGUUGAUAACGACGAAGUGUCAACCAAGUGGCUGUACGAAUUAUUAGCUGACAUCUGGAUAAAUUCGGGUUGGCUUCCAGAGUCCACGAGAAAUACUAUUGUCCAAGGUGGAUUCUACACAGUCUCUCCCAAAAAAGGCUUCCGGAUAAUCGCACUCAACAACAAUGUCGCAUACACUUACAAUUGGUGGCUCAUCUACGAGCCCAAUGACCUGGGAGGCCAAUUGAAAUGGCUGGCAGAGACUCUGCUCGAGGCUGAGAAAAACGAGGAAUUCGUUCACAUCUUGGCUCACGUGCCCUCGGGAAAUCAUGACCAACAGAACACGUGGAGUCGAGAGUACCGGAAGAUUAUCAAUCGAUUUGCCCACAUAAUCACUGGACAAUUCAAUGGGCACACCCACAGCGACGAGUUCAACCUAUUCUACGACCCUCAGGACCUCUCCAAGAUCGUCAACGUCGCCUGGAACGGCGGCAGUGUGACGACCUGGUCUUACGUCAACCCGAAUUACAGGACUUAUACAGUCAAUGGAAAAACUUUCGAAGUUGAAGACACACAGAAUUGGAUGUACAACAUGACAGAAGCUAAUUUGACCCCCGAGAAACGUCCAAAUUGGGUGAAAUCGUACUCCUUCAGAGAGGAAUAUGGACUCAAAGACCUAUCGAUGAAGAGUUUACGCGACUUGAUCCUCGAACUAGCGAAGGAAGGUCCCAAAGCGACUGCUUACAACAGGCACAUUUCAAAGGAUGCUCAAGCCCAAACGUGCAAUAAAAAAUGUGCAAUCAAAAAUGCAUGCAAGAUAGUCACUAGCAUCAACAACAACGACACUGAUUGCAAAUACAUCAAAGGAUUGAAUCCCUGAAGGACAAUAAAAUGCUACAUCAUGUCGUGAAUUAGUUCAAUGACGAUUCAAAAUAUUUUCUGGCUAAUUAAACUAAUUAAACUAUUGACCAACAAUUAACUGAAAAAUAUCAAUUAUAUUUUCCACUGUAUUUCUAAAUACAAUAAUAAUCCGUAUU